AUGGUGAAGAUCGUCUCUGCUUUGACUGUGUUGGCAGUUGUUUCAAGGAUUUGUAACGCGUUAGUCCAUCCAAUUGGUAUACAUGGAAGGUAUUUCAUAGAUACAGUUACAAGGGAACCAUUUUUUAUUAAAGGUGUUGACUAUCAACCUGGUGGAUCAUCAGGGGUUAAUGAUUAUCAAGAUCCUUUGUCAGAUCCAAAUGCUUGUGCUCGUGAUGUUAUCCUUUUUCAAGAAUUGGGGGUUAAUACUAUUAGAGUCUACUCUAUUAACCCAGAUCUUAACCAUGAUACAUGUAUGACCCUUCUUGCUUCAGCCGGAAUUUAUUUGGUCUUAGAUGUCAAUUCACCUUUAGAACAUCAACAUUUGAAUAGAUAUGAACCUUGGACAACUUACAAUGAGUACUAUUUGGAACAUGUUUUUAAAGUUGUUGAUCAAUUCUCUGGAUAUAAUAAUACCCUUGGGUUCUUUGCUGGGAAUGAAAUUAUUAAUGAUAAAAAGUCUGCAAGAGCUUCACCAGUCUUUGUUAAGAAAUUGAUCUCAGACAUGAAAGGUUAUAUCAGUCUGCAUUCAGAAAGAUUCAUCCCGGUUGGUUAUUCAGCAGCUGAUGAUUUAAGUUACAGAGUAUCAUUAUCUAAAUACCUUGAAUGUUCCAAUGAAAAAUCCAUUCAAGACUCAGUCGACUUUUACGGUGUUAAUACUUAUCAAUGGUGUGGUGAACAAACUUUUUACACCAGUGGUUAUGACGUUCUUGUUGCUGAUUAUGAAAAUUAUGCCCGUCCUGUAUUCUUCUCAGAGUUUGGCUGUAAUGAAGUGACCCCAAGAUUAUUUGAAGAGAUUGGAACCAUGUUUUCUAAUGAUAUGAUUGGUGUUUUUAGUGGUGGUUUGGUCUACGAAUUCUCCCAAGAACCAAAUAAUUAUGGUUUAGUUGACUAUGACCAAUAUGGUAAUGUUCAAUUGUUACAAGAUUUCGAAUCUUUGAAAAACCAAUACACCACCACAGAACUUCCUACUGGAAGACAAAUCGCUGAGCUUUAUAGUAACGAAGGAAAAAUUCAGAAGUUGGGUACACAGUCAGUUCCUGAAUGUGAGGAUGAGUAUGUGAAUUUAGAAAUCACAAGGGAAGUAGAGGACAGUAUUGGAGAAGGUUUGAUUACUGAUGGUGUUGAUGUUAAGAGAGGUCAAUUUGUGAUUUUGAGUGAAGAAGACCUUUUCACAACAUUUAAUAUUACAAACUAUGAUGGAACUCCGUACGAGGGUAGUGAUCAUGUUCAAGUUGAGACCCUCAUUGAUGGUAUUUCUGAAUAUGAGGCUUCACGUUUAUCUUCAAUCGAAAGUGAUGGUGAGUAA